AUGUCCGGCAAGAUAACUCUCCCCACUGGCCUCCCCGAAAACGUCCAAGACUGGAAACGCUCUGAGGUGCUCGAGUUUCUUAAUAACAACAGAAUCCAAUAUGACCUCGACAACAAGGACAUUCAAGUCAUUGGAAACAACAAGGUCGCUGGCAUUGCCCUUCUCGCGCUGACUGAAGAGAAGCUUCGCAGCAUUGGGCUGACCUUUGAUGCUGGACAAAAGUGUAAAGGAGAUGCAGAAUUCGAUUGUCCUACAAAGAGGUAUCGGUGUAAUAUUUCAACUACUGGACCAAUACACCCAGAGGCCUCUACCUUAGUGCUUCCCUUUCUUGAGCGGGAUAUUUUCACACAGGUGAUAGAUGGGCUUUGUAAUGAAUGGAUAUCAUUCAUCAUUUAUGGUCCAUACCAAUCUGGCAAGACCACAUUCCUGCUUGCACUUGAAAGAGCACUUAAGGAUUCUAAUAUAGAACCUAUAUACUUUGAAAUGGCAGGAGCAAAGGGUAGUAUCAAGAAGUUUGGCUAUGCAGAUGGAUUUACUAGAUUUAUAUCAAAUCUCAUUUUUGGGAAAAUACUCUCACAAGAAGAAUUGUAUAAACAGAUCAUGGAAACGGAAAAACGGUUUAUCUUGCUUGUUGAUGAGUUACAGUACAUCUUUACAUCUGAUGACCUUCUCUCUGUAGGAAAAACUUUCUUCAGAAACAUCACAUCACAUAGUAAUAUUUCCUAUGUUGCUGCAGGCACUUUCAAGCUUACCGAUCUCAUGGACAAUACAAUGUAUAGUCUACCCAGGGAAAAUGAAAGGUUUGAAUCACUUUUUAACAGGGCCAAGUUCUGUAGGAUACCAUUCUUUAAUGUGCAAGAAAUGGGCAAGAUUUUUGAUUUAUAUAAUGAUAAAGUUGACCCAUAUCCAGUUCCUUUGGAUAUCAAGCUAAAUAUCAUCCAUGAGUCCUGUGGACAUCCUGCAUCUUUUAUGAUUCUUUUAAAGAUCUACAAUGAUAUUCUUCCAGCAACUUUACUUGAUUGGAAAGUGGUAAUGAAGCAGAAUAUUGUUGAAUAUAGCAAUGGAACUCACAUGAAAAUCAGAAAAUAUCUGUUAUUGAUGAGUGAUGAUCAAAAACAGCAUGUUCGCUCACUCACAAACAAUGGGAUAGAUAUUUGGACAGCAGAUUUGGGCCUUCUCAAUCAUUUAGAGAAAGAUUUGCUCAACUUUGGGAUCCUUGUGUCUCCCAAUGCACAAAGCAUUCGGUUUACAAGUUGUAUCAUCUUGUGUGUCUGCAUUGAAAAUCUCUGGCCACAAGCAAAAAUUUGUUUACUAGAGUCAGACCUGGUUUCUGCUGAAAACUUACUAAAAUAUGGAUUACAAAAUAUUUACCCCCCUAUGGUUGCACAUGAAUGGGUCCAAAACAAGGAGGGCCCUGCUGAAGCAAGUUUUCAGGCUGCACUUUAUUCCGUUUUCAAUGGCCUGCUUCCCACAAGUAUGAUGUGCUUGUUUGAAGUAAAUGCCCAUGGCAAAGAAAAGCUUGAUCUAUUGGUGGUCAAAGAUAGUGAGGGAUUGGAGAAAUGGGCUGGCUACAAACUAAAAGUCAAGAAGAUAUCAGAAUCUGAUUUUAAGGAACCUCUAAAACAAGCUAAAAAAUAUGCUGAUUAUUUUAAAAUGGACAUUCAUCUUGUCAACUUUUAUCUGGAGAAUGUUCACCCAGUAUUUCCAUCUAUUGCAUGCAUACCUGUAUUAAAUGUUGCAUGCAACAUGAAUUGCACAGAAUUUACAAUUCGUUCAUCUAAAGAGGAUAAGGGGAUCAAGGUUAACAAUAUUCACAAUAUAGUGAUAGAAUAG